GCCUUAGCAGCCUCGUGCUCUGCCCUUGAUCCUAUUGUCAUUAAAAAUAAUACUUUCUGGGUUGGGGAAACAGAUGAAAGAUUUUACAUCCGAGGUGCUGAUUAUCAACCUGGAGGAUCCUCUAAUUUGACCGAUGCGCUAGCUGAUUCAGACAUCUGUUCAAGGGACAUUCCGUAUCUGAAGGAACUAGGCCUGAAUACCAUCAGAGUGUACUCGUUGGACAACACCUUGGACCACGAUGAGUGCAUGCAAAAACUCGAAGAUGCAGGCAUUUAUGUCAUUUUGGAUGUAAAUACCCCUAAAGCCUCGAUAUCCAGAUGGAAAAUAGAAUGCUCAUACAACACAAAAUACUUGACAGAGGUUUUCGCUACUAUUGACAGUUUUGCCAAAUUCAACAACACUCUAGGGUUUUUCUCUGCUAACGAGUUAGUCAACGAUGAAGAUUCCUUUCAAUAUUCACCUUACAUAAAAGCUGUCACCAGAGACAUGAAGCAGUAUAUCAAGGCCCAGAAAUACAGAACUAUACCAGUUGGAUAUUCUGCAGCGGAUGUAUCAUCUGUCAGAUAUGAACUCGCAGAGUACUUGAACUGUGGAGAUGAUCAAGAUGCUAGAAUCGAUAUGCUUGGUAUCAAUGACUACUCUUGGUGUGGGCGUUCUUCAUUUUCGGUUUCCGGUUACAAGGAAAAGGUCACAGAUUAUACCGGCUACUCGCUACCAAUCUUUUUAUCUGAGUUUGGGUGUAACAAAGUCUCAGGUACACGACCUUUUACGGAAAUUGGUACUAUAUACUCAACACAAAUGUCUUCCGUAUUCUCCGGUGGUUUGGUGUACCAAUAUUUUGAGGAUGUCAACAAAUAUGGGCUUGUUGAUGUCGAUGGCUCUUCGGUCUCAAUAUUGCAAGACUACUCCAAUUUGCAAAAGAUGUACAAUACAACCAGCAACCCCGAAGGUGAUGGUGGUGCUGCCUACUACGAACACUCUGAAUGUCCAACUAACUUAAACUUCAGCACGGCUAUCCCACCCCAGCCUAAAGGUUUAUCAAAACUAAUCAAGUUGGGACCUCAAGGCAAAAACACAGGCUUUAAAGCAGACACUCAGCAGAUAUGUUCUGAUGAUGAUGAUGACACUUCUUCGGCUGGAUCAUCCGCGGUUUCUUCCGUUAUAUCAUCCGCCGCAAAGUCUUCCACUUCAUCCCACAAAACUACA